AUGGCUGAAUCAACUCGAGUGGCCCCUCUCGAAGAGGACUUCCCAUUCGAGAUCAUCUCGCAUCUAAUUCCAAUAACUCCAUUGCGCGAAUAUCCACACGGCAUAAUCGAUGAACAAAAGGGCCUCCGCCUCGCAGUGAAACAAUACAUCCCCCGAAACAUUACAGCGCAAUCUACAACUACUUCCGACGCCCCCGAACCGAUCACUAUAAUCGCAACGGGAGGACUAGGAUUCAUCAAAGAAAUCUACGAACCCUACUUUGCCGAAAUACUCCAUCGCAUCAAUGCCUCCAACCCCAAUGUCCGCAUCCGCUCGAUCUGGAUGGCAGACGUGUUCAACAUGGGCGAAAGCGCAAUCGCAAACCUAGAUAAUCUAGGCUGUGACGCAACCUGGAUUGACCACUCCCGCGACCUGUGGAGCAUGAUCAACCAUUUCCACGCUCAAAUGCCCAAGCCGAUUAUUGGCCUUGGCCACUCGCUUGGAUGUUUCCAGCUAACCUGCUUAUCGUCUUGGCAUCCGACUCUGUUUCAUUCCCUCGCCUUUGUCGAGCCGGGCCUCGACCCGAAUUAUGGCCGCGAGUGGGUCAUCCCGUUGGUGGUGAGGACGUUGCAGCGCAAAGAAUCAUGGGAUACGCGCGAGGAAGCAGAGAAAAGGGUUGUCAAGUCCAAUGCUGCUGGUGCUUGGAGCGAGAAGGUGGUGGCUCGGUUGAAGCGAUAUGGUAUUUUUCAGACAGCUGCGAACAAAGAGAAUAGAAGCGGUAGCAGCGGUGAUGGUGGCUGGGCAUUGUCCAUACCUAAAGACCAGAUUGCGACGAUGGUAUUCCGGCAUAAUCCGGAGGGUGUGGGGAUGGGUCCUGGUGGACUUGAGGAUGUGACUCUGGCACAGCGCGAGCUCAUCCCAGAUAGCAACCCCGAUGAUCGGGGGAAGGGGCCAUUCUAUAGACCAGAGAUGCAGCUGGGUUGGGAUCUGUUACCAAAGAUCAGGCCUUGGGUUCUGUAUGUGAAUGGAAGCAACUCGCCAGACCUUGCGGAUCCAGUGGUUCGGGAGGAGAGAGCGAGGAUCACGGGGACUGGAGUGGGAGGAAACGGUGGAAUGAGACUGGGCGCAGUCAAACAGGUUGUUAUUGAGGAGGGAGAACACACUAUGCCGUUUGAUCGUAGCUUGGGAGAGUUGGCUGAUCAUGUGGGGGAUUGGCUGGUGACUGAGUCGCAGCGUUGGGUUGAUGGUCCCAGAAGACGUCGGGUCGAAUGGCAAGCUAAAAGUUUGCAAGAGAAGCAGGCUGUGGGCAAGGAGUUCUUUGAUGCUGUUGCAUUGGUAUUGAAGCAGAGCAGGCCUGGAAAACUGUAA